CCUCUCUGUCUCUUUGCCGAAGAUUUUGUGUGUGUGUGUCCACGCGUUUUAUGUGACGAGUGGACUCACGCGCGCGCCAGAGGUUUGUUGUUGCGGACGACGACCACAAAGAGUUUGUUGAAGUAGAAGAAGAAGAAGAAGUGGUAUUGAUUGGGUGGUCCGCUGAGAGACAACAAGAGAGUGAACGACAGUGUGGACUAACCAACCGGUGGUCGUCAACGGUCUGUCCAAAUGUUGAAACAGUUGCAAAUGGGUUUACGCGCCGUUUUGGUCUUCGCCUCCAAGAUCUGGACGUUCAUCUGUUAUGUACUCAAGAAACAAGUCCGCACUGUAAUACAACACCAAACCGUCAAAUACCAUAUCAUGCCUUUGUCUCCGCUAUCGAAACACAGACUCAGUUUAGUUAGACGCAAAGUACUUGUACUGGACUUAGACGAGACGCUUAUACACUCUCAUCACGACGGAGUCAUCAGACAGAUGGUCAAACCGGGAACGCCACCCGAUUUUGUGCUCAAAGUGACAAUAGAUAGACAUCCCGUCAGGUUUUUUGUCCACAAGAGACCGCAUGUCGACUAUUUUCUUAAUGUUGUUAGCCAAUGGUAUGAAUUAGUAGUAUUUACCGCCAGUAUGGAGAUAUACGGUGCAGCGGUUGCCGACAAAUUGGACAAUAAUAAAGGCAUUUUAAAGCGUAGAUACUUUAGACAGCACUGUACACUAGAUUACGGCAGUUAUACCAAAGAUUUGACUGCUAUAUCGCAAGAUUUAGCCAGUGUUUUCAUAUUAGACAAUAGUCCCGGUGCUUAUAGGCAAUACCCUGACAAUGCAAUACCAAUCAAGUCGUGGUUUUCGGACCCGCGCGACACAGCAUUACUCAAUUUAUUACCCGUUUUGGACGCAUUAAGGUUCACAACGGACGUCCGAUCGGUGCUGAGCCGUAACCUUCAUCUACACAAUCUUUGGUAGCACUUAUUAAAACGAAACGAAAUUAUUAAAUUAAAUUAAACAAAAAUAAUAAUAAUAAUACAAAUUUAGACUAAAAU